AUUCGUAACAGUAGUAGUAGCUGUAGUUAUACUAUUGCCACUGUACACCGCAACUUCCAGAAUCACCACCUCCUCCCCCAAAAUCUUCUUUUAAAUCCCUUCUCUCUUUCUCUGCUUUCUUAUUUACUGUCUCUCUCAGCUUUAUUUAUAUAUAUAUAUAUAUAUAUAUAGACUACAUAGCCUCUUUGCUUUACAAUUUCGCCAUGUCGCCGCUAAAGAUGGCGGUGCCCUUCGCGCUACUGCUGCUGUUGUUUGCGACUGCUAAAGCAGAGAGCCCCUACAGAUUCUUUUCUUGGAACGUUACCUAUGGCACUAUCUACCCCCUUGGCAAACCGCAGCAGGGUAUUUUGAUUAAUGGGCAAUUCCCAGGCCCAGACAUUCACAGUGUCACCAAUGACAAUCUGUAUAUCAAUGUGUUCAACAGCUUGGAUGAGCCUUUUCUUAUUUCUUGGAAUGGGGUUCAGAAUAGGAGGAAUUCAUAUGAAGAUGGAGUUUAUGGAACAACAUGCCCAAUUCCUCCAGGAAAAAACUUCACUUAUAUUCUUCAAGUGAAAGAUCAAAUUGGGAGCUUCUAUUACUUUCCCUCUCUUGCCUUCCACAAAGCAGCUGGUGGCUUUGGAGGCAUCAGGAUUCUUAGCAGGCCCCUAAUCCCUGUCCCUUUCGAUGAGCCUGCUGGUGACUGGACUGUACUAAUUGGAGAUUGGUACCAGAAAAAUCACACGGAUUUGAAAAAAAUUCUGGAUAGAGGCCAUAAAUUACCAUUCCCUGAUGGAAUCCUCAUCAAUGGGCGUGGCCCUAGUGGUGCUUCAUUCACUGUUGAACCAGGAAAAACAUAUCGGCUCAGAAUUUCCAAUGUUGGGCUGCAAAAUUCCCUCAAUUUCCGCAUCCAGGGACACAAGAUGAAAUUGGUUGAAGUGGAGGGAACACACACCAUGCAAACUACUUUCUCCUCCCUUGAUGUUCAUGUUGGGCAAUCAUACUCUGUUCUGUUUACUGCUGAUCAGACCCCUCAGGAUUACUACAUAGUUGCUUCCUCCCGUUUCUCUACUAAGAUCCUGACUACAACUGCUGUUCUUCAUUACAGCAACUCCAACCGCCCUGUCUCUGGCCCCCCUCCUGGUGGACCAACCAUUCAGAUUGACUGGUCUAUUAACCAGGCCCGUGCCAUCAGGACCAAUCUUACAGCUAGUGGACCAAGGCCUAACCCACAAGGUUCAUAUCAUUAUGGUAUGAUAAACACCACCAAGACCAUCAGGGUUGCGAGCUCUGCUGGCCAAGUGAAUGGCAAGCAGAGAUAUGCUCUCAACAGUGUUUCAUUUGUGCCUGCUGAUACUCCACUUAAGCUCGCUGAUUACUUCAACAUUGGAGGAGUUUUCCGUGUGGGAAGUAUUUCAUCUGCCCCCACCGGUGGGGGUGUUUACCUUGAUACUUCUGUCAUGGGUGCAGACUAUAGGACAUUUAUAGAAAUUGUGUUUCAGAAUGACGAAGACAUUGUUCAGAGCUAUCAUAUUAAUGGAUAUCAAUUCUGGGUUGUCGGAAUGGAUGGGGGACAGUGGACAGCGGAUAGCAGGAACCAGUACAAUCUUCGCGAUGCUGUUGCACGGUCUACCACUCAGGUGUACCCAAAGUCAUGGACUGCAAUUUACGUUGCACUUGACAACGUAGGAAUGUGGAAUGUGAGGUCCGAGUUCUGGGCACGACAAUACCUUGGACAGCAGUUCUACUUGAGGGUUUACACCACUUCGACCUCGUUGAGAGACGAGUAUCCAAUUCCCAUAAAUGCCCUUCUAUGCGGCAGAGCAGUUGGUCACCACAAACGGCCACUUUGAGCUCAGGUGUUGUUCCAUGGCUGGCUAGCUAGUUAGGAAAAAGGCAAGCUCUCACCUUGACCUGGCUGGCUGAGGUAUAAAAUUAUGAAUGAGUGUAGUCACUGUGGCAUAGUUUAGGCAAAAGAAGAGUUUAUUUAUCGUGGGAUUUUGUUGGUGUGUGCUAUUUCAGCACCAGGCCAGUGCUUAGGAUGAUGUUUGAUUUACUUGUAUGGUUGAUGACCUCAUCUCAAGGUCACAUUCUUUCUUUCAAGUUUCUACCCAACAUUGUAUUUGUUGUUUCUUCAUUGUUUCAGUUUUUGAUCCGACUAUAAUUACUAUUUUAUUACAACAAAUAAAAGUUUAUUUGUUACUGCUUCUAA